UGUUCCUCGUGGAAGAACAACAAAAACACUUUAUGCCGUAUUUCUGGGUGAGACAAUACUUUACAUGAAACGCAGUUGCAGCCGAGGAGUGUAAACACGCGGAUAUUUAUACAUUUUGCUUUUGUUGACUUUUCGUGGACGUUACUGCUGUUGAGAGUUUGCUAGACUCGUUCAGAGCCGUUAGCCUCAUAAGCCCUCGUAUAUCCGGACAAAUGGCUGAGGUGUACGUCCGAGUUGCCGAGGAGGAGAAUGAGGAGCCCAUGGAGAUCCCGUCCGAGGACGACGGCACCGUUUUGCUGUCUACGGUGUCGGCCCAGUUUCCUGGGGCGUGCGGCCUCCGGUUCAGGAGCCCCGUAUCCCAGUGCAUGCGCGGAGUGAGGAUUGUCGAGGGCGUCCUGCACGCCCCGGAGACCGGAUGGGGGAACAUGGUCUAUGUGGUCAACUAUCCGAAAGACAACAAAAGGAAAAUGGAAGAAAUUGAUGCCUCUUCAGCUGUGAAAAUGAAGCGUGGCGAUAUGAAGACGUCGGACUUGAUUGUGCUGGGUCUUCCGUGGAAGACUACCGAGCAAGACCUGAAAGACUACUUCAGCACCUUCGGAGAAGUUAUUAUGGUUCAGGUUAAACGAGAUGGCAGGUCAGGAAACUCCAAAGGGUUUGGCUUUGUGCGCUUUACAGAGUACGAAUCCCAGGAAAAAGUCAUCUCCCAGCGCCACAUGAUUGACGGCAGAUGGUGCGACUGCAAGUUCCCUAACUCCAAGGUGAAUAUGGUAAUGUCCUCCCAAGCGGAACACUCCAUCGCAACACAUUUAAUGUUAUUGAGCACCAGAUUUUCUAACCCGGUACUAAUCUUGUCUUCACAGCAGGGGCCGGACGAGCCGAUGAGGAGCCGCAAAGUAUUUGUGGGACGCUGCACAGAGGACAUGACCACAGAUGAACUGAGGCAGUUCUUCAUGCAGUACGGUGAAGUCACGGACGUCUUCAUUCCCAAGCCGUUUCGUGCUUUUGCCUUUGUCACGUUUGCAGAUGAUCAGGUGGCUCAGUCUCUGUGCGGUGAAGACUUGAUCAUCAAAGGCGUGAGUGUCCACAUCUCAAACGCCGAGCCCAAACACGGCAACAGGCAGUUUGACCGCACGGCACGUUUCGGAAAUGGCUUCGGCGCCCAAGCGUUCGGGGCCAGUCGUAGCGGCAUGGGCAGCAGCAGCAACAGUAACAUGGCCAACUUUGGUUCCUUCAACCUAAACCCGGCAAUGAUGGCGGCGGCGCAGGCGGCCCUGCAGAGCAGUUGGGGGAUGAUGGGAAUGCUGGCCAGCCAGCAGCAGUCGUCGUCUUCGUCGGCCAGCGGCACCAGCGGUGCCGGCUCCACUCGAGACCAGAGUCAGUCAUUCACCGCGGGCAACAGCAACUACGGCGCCGGCUCGGCCAGCCUCAGCUGGGGCACAGGCGCAAACUCCACCAGUGGCGGUAGUGGGUUUAGCUCAGGGUUUGGCUCCAGCAUGGAGUCAAAAUCGUCUGGGUGGGGUAUGUAAAAAAAGCAAAGUGUGCGUGUGCGGUAAGUAUUGUGAGAAAGAGUGAAGUCUUUUAACACAUUUUCUUUGGGUGUCUGCCUAUCUAUCCGAACAACACUUUAUUUUUUUUGGGUGGAAGAUGUUUUGUACAUUGAAAGAAAAAGCAGCUAAUGAUUCUAACUAGAGCAGGGGUGUCCACACUGCUGUCCAGGGGCCAUUGGCAGCCCAUCAUCGUUGUUUCUCUUCCAGCCCAUGGCAUAUACUAAAAUAAGUGACAUUACAUGCAUGGGUUGUUUGCUUGAAUUUCACUACUUCCUUCAUCAUCAUCAUCAUCGGUUUAAAGUCCGUGUUCCAGGCGCCGCUGGGUUGGACUCGAUUCUCAGUAUGGCUUUCUUCCACCGGGGACAGUCCAUGGCCAUCUCGUGGUUGAGAGUCCUAUACCAAGAAAAUUUUUGGAGCAAAACUUUUUUACAGCCGGAUGCCCUUCCUGACACCAACCCAAGGGGAAAUAGAUUUUCUGUAGGGGUUGACUCCCUUAGCCCAUUCCUCUCCCGAGGAGCCCACUGGGCAGUGGUACUAUUUAACCCAUAGUUGGGGGCUGGUUCGUGGGCACCAGGGCGUGUCCGCACACCGGUGGGCCUGCGUGCCGCACGUCUAGGGGCCAAACCUCCUCCGAGAGUCCCUUGUAGUUUAGCCUGGGUCCGUGUUGUACCCAGUUACCAUAUGUCGCCGCGUGGAGGAACUACAUAGGGCUUGCUGUUAGAGAGGCUUUGUACUGGCAGGGAGAGACUUACGCACUCGGCUCUCCCGUUCGCAUACUGCUAGCCAGCGGUGAGGGUUGACAGAAGUGACAUGCACUGGGCACUCCACCAACACACUAGACUCAUCAUAACAACCCGACUUGGUCUUAUGAAGUCAGGCACACUACUUCCUUCACUGUCUGGAAAGGCAGGAGGGAGAAACAAAUCAGAGUUUUAUCACCCAGUUUGUUUUUUUAGUUGCUUAAAUAUUUGUACAUACUGCUUAGUAUUGAUGUGUAAAAGUGAUGCAUGUCAGUGGUUCUUAUACCCUUCAAUUUGUCUGCUUAUCAACCCUUGGAAGAAAAGUUUGGACACCCCUAAUUUAUUGACUAGCAACUAAAGUAUUUUUUUCCCUCUGCCUGUCUCUUUUACAUCAAUUUCAACUGGAUUCUCUAAUGGAUGUAUUGUGUACUUAGAUCAUUUAAGAUGGAGAAAGGAGGAAAAAAAAACGUUUGCCAUCAUCCGGCUAUGUUCUAAUUUCAGGCAAUCUUGCAUUGGGAAGAAUCUGGUUGAAAGUUUACCUUUUUUUUUUUUUUAAGUGGACAAAAGCCUUCAUUGAAAUCUCUUCUGCAGUUGACCUCUCUUCCGUUUCCCUGCAAGGAAGCUCCGAUAUGGCAGCAUUGUCGCAGCGGCGAUAAGCGCUAUCACUCUCCCUCUUCCUGCCUGUGUAAAUGCUAUGCCAUCAAACAACGGCUUCACUCCGCAUGUUCUCACGAGACGGUGGGUGUGUUUUCACUUUUUUUAUUGAUUGGAGCGAGAACUGCGCAAGUGACAUUUUUUUGGAUGCGGGGGGGAAUCUGAGUGCGGAUGGCUUGUGGCGAAGAGUGGAGCGGUUGGUGAGUGAGCGGACUGAGGACUGCCUGUGCGGUGAACGAGCCUCCCCCCUAAAAUGUGACUGAUUUUCUAUGAAUGUGUGAGUGGAACCAGCAGAUGCGACAAGCACCUCACCCCUUCAAUGUGGACAUCUAUUUGAUUAGUAUGUCAAAAGAUUUGUUUCCCCACUUUUUAACCUUUGCAAGAUUUUCCACUUCUACCAAUUGUGUCAACAUGAAAAUGUAGUGGAGUGUAGUGCUCUUUGUAAUGCUUCUAUAAUCAGAGUUGAAUGCUGUAUGGUGUGUGCUGUUCCUUGUUCCUAGACGGAUAUGUAGGUGUGUAUUUGAUGUGGAUGACGCAGACUGAUGAAACCCCUGGUGGGGAUGUCAGUGUGAUGUGAGAACGUGGAGUCUCCCUUUUUUAUAUCGCCUAUUAAUGUUUGUGUGGCAAAAGUUGUCAAAUGAAGGGAGGUGUCUAAUAAAAUUAAUAGAUUAAGUUGAUGCUACUUGCGUGGGAUUAAAAAAACUAAUUCAAUUCACACAUCUAGGGACCUUGGGCUCCGCUGGUCGAGGUCUCCAUUUGAACCCCGACUGAAGGACGAAGACGGAAAUUCCAACACUUUGAGUGUAUGGCCUUCUCAGACAUGUGGUAGUACCUGUCUUUUUGCUCACUUUCUUAGCUUGUCAAAAAGAGAAACUGCUCUAUUUUCCCCCUUCUGCUUGAAUGGGAGAUUUUCAUGUACUGCUGUGAGUGCCUGGAUAAAAGGGUAUUUUCUUUCCAAACUCUUAUGGUGAUUGGAUGACUAACUGUCAAGUCUGUGGAAUGGUCACUGGUGUUACGCUUUUGUAGAAAGCUUACAAAGUCAACAAUGAGUAUAGUAUGCCUACUCGACUAUUUUACAGAGCUGGUGCCAACGCAUCAACAAAGAUAAAUGGAUUUACACUGCAGGUCCAAGUGGCCAAUUCUGAUUACAUUUGUUGUGUAUUUCAGGUGACAAACAUACAAUAUAGUUUUGUCUAUACUGACGGAUCACAUGGGCCUAAUCUAAUUUCUUUGCAACCUCCCUCCUCUGUUUGACAAUGUCUCCCACCAGCGAUCCUAUUGAGGAGAACAGGGUGAGUUGGGGCAACCCAGCCUAUUGAAUUCACUGUGGGAAACCACCACAUUACUCUACUGUCUAAUACUGCUUGUUUAAUGUAGCAUAUUUACGCCAUAUUGUGUGUGCUCUUCUAAUUCCCAUUUUUGUAGGCGUAAUUAAAGUGCACUGCCAUCCCACGUAUCCUAAAGCGCCAGCCAACGGCAAAACACAAAUCGGAAUUAAGUCACUUGCAACAUGCCGUGUAAAUCCAUGUGUUAGAGCAGGGGUCUCAAACUCCAGUCCUCGGGGGGCGCAUUCCUACAUGUUUUCCAAGUUUCCCUCGUUAAACACACCUGAUUCAAAUGAUCAGUUCAUCCUCACGUUCUGCAGGAGCCUGAUAAUUGAAUCAGGUGUGUUUAAUGAGGGAAACUUUGAAAACAUGUAGGAAUGCGGCCCCCGAGGACUGGAUUUUGAGACCCCUGUGUUAGAGGAAAUAAAACAUGACAAAUAAAUUUUUGCCAUCUUGUUGACAUGUUUAUUAGAAUGUUUGGGACAAGAGUGGGGAGGCGUUAGGAUUUUCCUGUGUCUUAUUCUAUGCUAUUAAGAGUCUUUGCUCUUCUUCUUCAUUUUCAAAGCCUUCUGCUCUUUUUCCACUUCUUCGCUUUUCCUCUGUAUGUGUAUCGACUGGAAUAAAGAGGAAUCAAACAAGAA